AGUUUUCAAAUACCUGUUCCCUCCCUCUUUCUCUCUCUCUCCCCCUCUCUGCAUGUAAAAAGGCUGUUUGCAAGUGAAAGUUUUAAAUGGUUGCGUGAAGAGCAAGCCUGGUAUAUUUGUUGGUGGUGUAGUUGUUGUCAUUGUUUUCUGUUCAGAAUAUCUUAACCUGGUUUCUUUUCUCGAAAUGGGCAAGAAAGAUCAGAGAGAUCAGAAAGGGAACGAGAGACUUGAAGCUGUUCUUGAUCUUCUCAGGAAACAGUCUCCUCUCUCUGUCAAGCAGGAGAAGUUCUGCAACAACGCUUGUGUUGAGAGGUUUCUGAGAGCAAAAGGUGAUAAUGUGAAGAAGGCUGCUAAGCUGUUGAGGGCUUGCCUUUCUUGGAGAGAGAGCUUAGGCAUUGAGAGCUUGAUAGCAGAUGAGUUCUCUACCGAACUUGCUGAAGGAGUUGCUUACGUCGCUGGUCACGACGAAGAAUCCAGACCUGUUUUGAUUUUUCGUAUCAAGCAAGAUUACCAGAAGUUUCAUUCACAGAAACUAUUUACUCGGUUGCUGGUGUUUACGCUGGAGGUGGCGGUAGGGACCAUGCCAAAAAACGUCGAGCAGUUCGUUUUACUUUUUGACGCAAGCUUUUUCAGAUCAGCAUCGGCUUUUAUGAAUUUAUUACUGGCGACACUGAAAAUCGUAGGAGAUUACUAUCCUUUCCGUCUUUACAAAGCAUUUGUCAUUGACGCACCUUCUCUCUUCUCUUAUCUCUGGAAGGGCGUCCGUCCGUUUGUUGAGCUAUCAACGGUCACGAUGGUGGUAUCGUCUCUAGACUUUGAAGAAUCACUUGAGUUCAAUGACUUCUCUUACUACCCACGAGCCGCAUCUCUCCGUUUUGACUCCUCGUCAACCAAAUCAACGGCCAAGAUUGGCUCUUGUUCCUCCUCCAGAUUCUCCUUCACAGUUUCCCACCACUUCGACUCACUCAAACCUUGGUACCUCACUUUGACCGACACGUCAGCUUCCAAGGUGGGACCUACAUCCCCGUCUCCUCUAGGCCCUGCUCUCAUCUCCCCUCUUAACGCCAGGUCGUUGUCCUUCGCAUCUCCGGCUGCCAGGACCCCUCGCGGCAGUAGCUAUACCAGGGCUGCAAGGAAGAGCUUGUUCCCGUCAACUCCUUUGCCGGAGAAGACGACGGUCAGGACCCCACGUCCCUCAUUCCUGCAAUCACCGGCGACGUUCUUCCGCAGGGAUUACCACUUCAGCACGAAGGCGGAUAAGUCACGAGAAUCGUUCUUGCCAUUCUUGAAAUUUUACAGGAGGCCGUACGAUGAGAUGAUAUACAGGUCAAAGAUGCGGCCCCCACUUGGUGGACUGAUUUCCAUCGUGUCUCCUCAGCUGAGACGCCGCCACAUGUCAGUAUCUCAACGGUUCUGAUUGCUUUAAAGGGAAAA